AUGCAGGCCUCCAGCCCCGAGUCAACUUUCCACAUAUCAUGUAUCGAUAUCUCACCCUUUCUCAAAUCACCAGAGUUUGUAGCAUCUCAAAAGAUAGUCGACCAAGUGCGCACCACCUGUGAAACUACCGGGUUCUUUCAGAUAACCGGUCAUGGAGUGUCAAAGAAGCUUCAAGAUGAGGUGUUUCAAGCGGUGGCCAGGCUCUUCGCUCUAGAUAUCGAAGAAAAGAACAAACUGGAUAAAAGCAAGAGUGUUGGGGCGAGUAGUAGGGGUUACGAGAUGAUUUGGGGCCAGAUUCUGCAGGAUGGGACCUUGCCAUAUUUGAAGGAGGUGUGUAUUUUUGAACUCACUACAAAAUCACGGCUUCCAUCUCAAACUUUGUGCAGGCGGUAGGUGCUAUCGCUUAUCAACAUUAGGGAUAUUACAUCGGAAAAGAAAUACCAGCCGACGACCCCCGCGUCAAGAGCAAGAGAUUUCCCAUGGGGCCAAAUCUAUGGCCUGACAGCUCUCUCAUUCCAGAACAUCUAUUCCGUCAACCAAUGGAGAAAUAUUAUGAAGAGAUGUUCAAACUCUCGUUGAAAGUUUUGGACCUUUUUGCGGCCAGUCUUCCGUAUGGCUCAUCUAUCUUCAAGGAUUUCACGCCAAAUGAUGCUGUUGCAGCUAUUCGCCUCUUACACUAUCCACCAGAUCAUGGGAACGAUGAGAGGCAACUUGGGGCUGGAGCACACACCGAUUUCGGUGCCAUGACCUUGCUAUUGCAGGAUGGGAUUGGUGUCUUGCAAGUUUAUAGCGAAUCUGCUCCAGAAAAGGAAAGAUGGGUAGAUGUGAAUCCCGAUCGAAAUACCUAUGUGGUAAAUAUUGGUGAUAUGCUUCAAAUGUGGACAAAUGGGCGGUAUAAGAGUGGACUGCAUCGAGUUGUGAAUAGAAGUGGCAAAGAUAGAUAUAGCAUACCCUAUUUCUUCGAUGGAAAUGUGGAUUGCGUUCUUAGUCCUCUUGAUGGCUCACAAGUCAAGGGCGGUGGCCCACCGCUGAAUGUGGAAGGCCAUAUGAAGGAAAGGUUCAAGAGCACGUACGGAAAA